AGUAGUAACCAAUACAGUGAAGUGUUUUAUUACAGAUGGUGUGCGUGGUAAUGCUGGCUGGUCUACUGGGACUGGCGGCAGCGACGGUGACCACAUCAGAUGUAAAUCAGCUUGACCACGACGUGAAGAGUCUCUCUCCAGCAAUGGAUGGGGACAGAGCUGACACAGCCAGGAGGCAGGAGAGACUCUUCGCCUUAAUCACCACCACCUCCGUCAAGCGCCUGGCUACCACCACCAUCACUGCACUCUCCACUUGUGUCUCUAUUAGUAUGGGCGCUGUUGCUUGUAAUGGCCGAAAGAAGAGGAACAUCUUAAAAAAUCUAGCUGCGCUAACUUUUGACAACGAUGUAAUGCCGGAACUGGCGGGAAGUCAGAUAGAGGAACAGAUGGAUGAAGAGGAAGGUGGUCCACUAAAACGAGGCGCGAGGCAGGUGACGAACAGAGAUGGUAGAAAAUUUACUGUUUGGUCUACAUACUCCAGUACCCUCACACUCACCUCUACCUCCUACGUCGCCGGCACCACCGUCUCCGUCACAGCUUACUGUAUUGCACCAGGACUUACAAACGGAUGCUUCGGGAAGUAGCGAGCAACUGCCUGAGCCUGCUGCUGCUACUAUUGCUGCUCUGCACCAGGACUCAUGGCAGGUUGUAUCGGGAAGUAGAGAGGACUAACAUAGGUCCUGCAGGUCCCACCACAAUGAUCAUGAAAUAGCAACAUAUAUAAUACUGUAUUUUUCAUCUUUCUGAAUCAAGUUAUGUAUUUUGGACUCUCUUCCUCGUGUAUCACAAUAAUUUAGGUAAUAAAUGAACACUAUUUUC